AUGUCGAGGUUCAAACGAGCUAUGCCAGGGGGCAACAGCAUCCUGAGCACUUUGCAGGCGACCGAGAUGAUCGAUAGCAAACCUGUAUUGCCCGCCGAGAUCAUCGUAACGAUACUCGAUUACCUCCCCGUCGAUGACCUGAUGCGUUUCGCUCGCACCUCCCGCCGCAUGCGCGAGAUGGUCUACGACGACACGCGGUGGGUGGCUCGCCUGAAGAGCAUGGGGUGCUGGGACGAGGCGGAAGCACGCCGCCGCUUCGACGACGCUCUCAAGCGGCGCCGUGAGGCACAGGAGCGAGCUGCUGCUGCCGCCGCCGCCGCAAGUGGACAACCCGGUGCGGCGGGUGCCGAAGUUGGACGGCAGGUGGGCGUGGGCAGAACAAGCAUAACACUUUUCGAUGCGUCAGUCGAGGAGGAGCGCCGGAAGAAGCAGGCGUCUGGUGUAUCAGAUGUGCGGGACGGCUUCGAGACGAUGAGCCUGGGCGGGGCGUCGCAGCCAGCACCACAAGCGCCCAAAGACCCAUUCCAGGACCCUGAGGCGCUCCUACAGGUGAUCAAGAACGUGAAGAGUGUUCGAGGGCAUGCACGAGAAGAAUAUGGGAAGAUAUACGGGGCGCUCGGCCCAUUCUACUUCGAUCUUGUACGGGCGCGGAGCCAUGCGGAUCCAAUCGUCUUCAAGGUGUUUCGGGAUCCGGAACGGCAGGCGCAGAUGCUCGGUAACCUCCACGUCUUUGCGCGGAGCGAUUGGGCGCAGGGAUGGAGAGAGCGGGAGGACAAGCUUAGUACGAUGGCGAGCAUCUUCGAGAGUGCCGUGCUGCGCGAGUUUGAACAAGGCUAUGAAUUCUGGGACGUUGAAGGUCGUAUGCACCGUUAUGCUCACGUCCUGGAUGCUCUCAAUGGCAGCACGGCCGCCGUCGAACUCUUCAUCUCGAAACAUCCAAUCUUCUCUGACCGCGAUGUCAUGGCCAACUCAAUGGACUGUAUCAACCAGGCGUCCGCAGACGGCAUCAUAUUAGACCCUUCAAGAGAGUUCUUCGAGCUUCUUGCGCGCAAGGUCAAUGAUCAGUCUGCAGUCAUCGAGAAGAUAUUCCCAAAUGCGGACAAAGUUUUCUGGACUUUCGUCGACAAGGUCAGGGAGGAUAUCAUCAUGGAGUACGCUACACCACUAUUUGACGAAGCUCACGAACGAAGUCUCGAAUCCUAUCUUAAAGCAGUAUCCGGUGUCUUCGAACAAUGUCUGCAAUUUCUAAGGGCACUGGAACCGCCAAAAGGCUCACAAGAAAAUCAGGUAGAGAAAGCAAAAGAGUUGGCUCUAAAAGUCUUCGAGCCACAUCUGGACCUCUACUUGCAAGAAGAGUUAGAGUACUUUACUAAGCACGCAGAGACCGAGGUCGGCAAUUGGGACAAGAAGCUUUCUGAACAAGAUGCCACUGUGGAGUCGUUCUACAUGGCGAACUUCAACAAGCAGGUCGACAAGAAAGACUUUCUAAGCUCAUUCAAAAAGGUCGUCAUGAUGCCCGUCACAGUACUACCGACAUUGCCCGGACAGCUUCUCACGUCACCGUUUGGCGGAUCAAGCAAAGCAGCAACGGCACAGCCUCCCGUUACUCCCAACGGCACAACUUUACAGGCGGUUUCUCCGAAUCCGUCACGGCCACAAACUCCGGGGCUCGGUCCUGGAUUGGAGAGGAGAGGCAGUCCGUUGCCUGAUAAAGCGCCUACAGACGAGCUCGCGGCCAAGGCAGCCCUCAUGGCAUCUAGGCUGGAAGGCAUCAAGUCGCUUUUCAGCAUCGAGGUAGCCCUCAAUCUCGUUCAUGCGGCCAAGACUAGUCUAGGCCGGGCAGCGGUAUUCAUUCGUCUAGGUGGCCAGGCAGGCGAGGAGGCCCGAGAGCAGAGCGAGCAGAUCUUUGUUGUUCUGCUGCGUGUUCUGGGAAAUCGGCACAUCAAGCCAGGCUUCGAAAAAGCGGUCGAUCAUCUCUCACAUUACAAAGCGCGUGAAGUCAGCGAUCACAGCGAGGCCGGAGUGGCACCACUGGUCACGUUUAUUGAGCUGGUCAAUGUUGGCGAUUUGAUCAGUCAAAUGAUCGAUGUGUUCUACGAGCAGCAACUGGCAGGCCCCAGGAUUGCCGACCGCAAUGACUUCCUAGACCCAGCAGGGCUGGCAAAGAAGAAGUUCGAGCAGAUGCUGGACGAAAGUGUUGCUGCAGGGCUAAACAAGGGCAUUGAUGUGCUCAUGGACGAGGUUGAGUACAUCUGUGCAACGACACAGCAACCCACAGACUACAACCCACUACCUGCGGGUACCACCGCCGAGAAGCGCGGCUCUGUCGCCGUAGCGCCGGCCAUCAGUGAUCUCGGGCCGACACCAACGGCACAGCGCACCGUCGAGCUUGUCAGCAGCCACACGCGCAUGCUCGUGGGCAGCACGGAGAAGACGAUGCUAGACGUGUUCAACGGCGAGGUAGGCCUGCGGCUGUUCACCGCCGUGUGCAAGCAUCUCAAGAGGCAACGCAUCAGCACCGAGGGUGCAAUCAAGCUCAUCGCUGACAUGAAUCUCUACUUUGAUUAUAUCCAGACGCUCAAGAACCCGGACCUGCUGGAUUACUUCAAAGCUCUGCGAGAGCUCAGUCAGAUCUACCUGAUUGACCCGCGUCAUGCCAAGGAAAUGGCCACAAUCAUUGCCGACGGGGACCGCUUCGGCGGGAUUUUCAGGGCGGAGGAGGUAUACGAGUUCGCAGAGCGCCGAGCGGACUGGUACCAGGUGAAGAGGGAUGUAGAGAGGGCCAUGUAUGGCCUGGAGUGCAGCCUGAUGUAA